UUCCUGCCCUUCAGUCUCCUGUGGAACCUAGCAGUUCUGUUCCCCAGCAUCCUUGAUGAAUUGAGGCAGUUGGAUAUCGUGUGGCGCUUGUAUUAGGUCUCACUUAUAUCAGGACACGACACUGCGGGGUACCAGGUCUCCUGCAACCGUUUCUCCGUGUUGGCUUCAGAAUAGGAACUUUCCUGGGCUUGGAAAGGGCUCCCGUUCUGCCGGGGACUUUGGUUAGAAGUGAGAUCCCCGCCCCUCGGCCACGGCCACCGUGGUCUGAUUUCCCCACCCUUUCCCUGGGCCUACUCUCACGGCCAUUGUCGCUGUCCCCUCCGUGCGUGCGUGGGCCCUCUGCUUCCCCGUCACGCUGCGUGGGUUCAAAGAACAGAGGCCAUCCGCGUCCCUUGUCUGACCUUUAACCCGAGCCGUGGGGGUUGGGCUCGUCAGUCGCGGACACGCGCGAUCAGCUGAUGAGAGCACACGACGACCGACCGUUGGUGGGGUUGGCUUGGCGGGGUCGGCGGUGCGGUUUCUCCGGCUGAUGGUGUAUUACGUAAUAAAGACACGGUCGCUUGUAGGGAAGAUGUCUGAGAAACUGAGGAGAUGCAGAAAGGAGCUGACUGCAGCCAUUGACCGGGCCUUUGAAGGAGUCAGCCAUUCCCAGGAGUGCUCGGGCCGCCCGCGGGUGGAGCUCGACGCCGCCCCGCUCUCCUUCCCCCUCCCGGUGCACCGGCUCCUCUGCCGGAGGCACCCGCUGGUAGCCUGCUCCUCUGCGGCUCCAUUCUCUCCCGUCCCUGGCGCUCCGGAGAACGAGAAUGUGGCUUUUGCACCAAACCAUGCCCCCGUGAAUGCAAAGCCCCAGGCGCUCUGCCCUAAAAGAAAACCUCUGAGCAGCAAGGAAAACAUCCUGAUGCGUUCCUCCAUUUUGGCACCCGAAAGACCGUUUUGGCGAGCAGCAGGAGAUGAGGAGAUCUGGAGAAAAGACAGUCUAAGGGGCUGCAGGAAUGAUACAGAGAAGGAUUUGAAAGUUGACACAGGCAUCCCACUCAGUGGUUCCAGCCAAGAGGUCACAAAGGAUCUGCUUGAUAUGAUUGACCAUACAAGCAUUCGAACUAUUGAAGAAUUGGCUGGUAAACUAGAAUUUGAAAAUGAGUUGAACCGUGUGUGUGGCCAUUGGGAAGAUUCGCCUUUCAAGGAGGAAGCCUGGGCCUUGCUGGUGGACAAGAGCCCUCAGAAAGCCCCGGAUGCAGACUCUGGCAGCCUCAAGCAGGCUUUCGAUGACCACAAUAUCGUGGAGACUGUUCUGGACUUGGAAGAGGACUACAAUUUGAUGACCUCUUUUAAAUACCAAAUUGAUUCAUCUUGGCAAGCCAAACAAUCACUGGAUUGUUUCCGUGGAAACACCAAACUGCAGUUUGGAUUAGCAGAAUCAAAAUAGAAACAAGGCAGCUUCAAGAAUAAAUAGGAGCUUUGGAACCGGCUAGUCGCCAACUGCAAGUUCAACUUACAGCAUGAGGCAUGUGAGAAGCUGGGCCCAUCCAGUUCUGUAAGGAGGGGUUUCCAGGUCCUCUGGCUGCAUCCUGCCUGCAGGGUCGAGGCCAAAAUCACUAGAAACCAGCUCUGUGGGUGUAUUGGUAAACUUUGUAACAAAACUUAGGGCAGGAGGUGGUCUGCAGAAGCAAGGAGAGGCUGGGAACUGGAGGAAAAGAUGGGAGAAGAAGGGACAGGAAAGAGGAGAGAUGAGUAAAUGCCAAGUGAAGGUCCAGCAAGGAGCAGAGGCCACAGCUGAGGCUUGAGAGUAGAGCAGCAGUUCUUUCAAGAGGACAAUUCAAGCAUGGCCAAGGACUGGAAACAGUGACCCCGCCCUCAGCCCCUUCCAGAUUUCAGUGUUUCGCUACAUUCCUGGGCCUGGCCGUCUAGCCACAGAGAUCAAGACUAGAGCCUGAAUUCUUGCCAGGUAAGCCCUGGGGGCACUGAUGGUCAGUAGGCGUCUGCCUCAGUGUGGCUUCAGCCAGCAUAAUCAGGCACACAAGCCUACCUUCUCAUCUCUUGAGUCUCAGGGCUGCCCUCCCCCUGCUCCCCUCACCAGGGGAGUGGGGGAACCACCUCUUGGCCCACCUGCCCUGCCUCCUUAACAUUCUGCUGGACCCUGCAUUUCCAAGCCCAGGGAAGACUCCAAGGGGGUCAGGAGACCAGGAGGAUGGAGACAGACCACCUGGGGAUCUGCGCCUCUCACCUUGGCAUCCAGGAAUGUGCUGGUAAGGCAGCACCAUCCUGCCACAGGAGAAGCCAUGAGCUGUUAAUGGUCAAAGAAAUUGAUGAAAAGGAUUCCCUCCUCCUGAAUGACGGGCCAGGGGCUCACCUGCUUCCAGAGGGAGCCUCCUCUUAACCAAGGCACAAGAUGUUUGAUACGGCAGAGAAGGCCAGUGAACCAGAAAGGGGAACUGGGGAGGCCACCGAACCUGCUUGUGGGUCGUUAUUGAAAAGGCUUGUCAUCCGGUGACAAUCUGAGCCUCUGGUAAUUUGCUUUCUCCCUGGGGUACGUGGGAGAACAUUAAUAUUUUAGGUUCCUGCUAAAUAUUUAUAGAGGGAACAAAGUUUUACUCAGGAAAUCUACUGACAAUGGAUUGCAGCCCUAGUGGGGAAGGACUUUCUGUGCUAGGCCAGCUGGAAAAUGCCUGAUUUGAUGAAGAGUUUUGGCCUAAGGCCUGGCAUGAAAAAUAAUUUUAAAACCUAAUCAGCUCUUGUAGGAAGCAGCUAUCUUUUUUGAGGGCAAAAAGGCUGUGGUUUUCUGGGUACUUUGGGUGGGAGCUGGCCUGGGAGAGAGGAAUGGGCAUCUUACAGGAGACCUGUCGUCAGGAGCCCUUUGGAACAUCUGAGACGAAAAGGGAAGUUGCAGAAGGCUACUGGAGAGACCCAACUUUCAGGACAGGCUGCCAGGAGCUGUUUGAAAAGCAAGCUGUCCCUGCCCUCAGUACGUAUUUGUCAGGUGUCUCCUAGUGGCACACCACUCCUGGACGCUGAGAAUACAGUAGGGAUGAGGUGGAUGCUGUUCUUUUAUUUUUUACAGCUGCUGUUCUUGCUUCUGGAGUUUAUAUUCCACUAUGCAAGGUGGGCAAAAAUACAGAUUUAAAGUAUCAUUUCAGAUGGAACUACCUGAGAGAAAUGAAAACAGGGUAAGGGAAUGGGCAAUGAGGAGGGCGGGCCCCUUCAGAGGGCUCUCUGUAGGUGAUGUUUAAAUUGAUACUUGACUGUCAAGACAGUUAGGUGCUGCAAGUGGCUUCUUUUCUAUCCUCAGACUGGAGCUGGGGUUGUGUAGAGGGAGGAGCCCCUAGGUGGGCCCUGGGCCAAUAGACCUCCCACCACAUCCGCCCCUGUGUAGCUACAUACAUCUCUAUCAGCAUCCAAAGAACCAAAAAUGUUGUUGCUUCAGGGAUGUGCUGGGCUGUGUCAUGCUCACCAAAUUUGGCAGGAACACAAUAGUUUGUUUUAAAAAAAAAAAAAAAACCCUUAGGAAUAAAAUAAGAAAUAUAAUAUCCUUUCCUGAUGAUUACUAGAGACAGGCAGUGUAAUUUUAAUUAGCCCAGCCUUGUUAGGUGUUAAAUGUACUGCUUAUUCUACAAAAACACCCAGCUCAUGUAACACUGAGUCACUCUGGCCUUUUGACUUUAAACAAAAUAAAAUACUUCUAAAGAAAUACAAGAUUUCAUAACACAGCAGAAUUAAGGAAUAGAGGGUCCUGCCUUGGCACUCUAAAGUUGGAAGGAAACUUCAAGGAGAAGGCCACAGUCAUAAAUGUUGGUGGUGUUUUCUCAACAGGCUCUCAGCUUUGAAGUAAAAUGAUUAAACUUUUCAACUUAGAGCAAUAAAACAUUUCCAAAUGCAGACUGCUCUGCUCUACAAGCCUGAGAGUAACUGCUGCACAGCUGCUGUAGCUUGUUUGGGAAGGGCUGGGUUCCAUUUCCCCUUGCCACCUUGGCAUAAGCAAAGAAAACCAGGAGGGAAGGCAGUGGAGGCUAGCAGAGGGGUGAACAGAUAGCCCCGAGAGAUCCACAGAGGGCGCAGAGUCCAGGGCAGCUGGAGGCAGGGCCCAAGUCUCACUUUCUUGCCCUUACAGAGGGCUGCUGCCAUUGCUUGCGGCCACAGAACACAGGAGGCCGUUGGUCUGGAAAUGAGACUGAAAGCAGCUUAGGUUGCCUGGUAGCCCUGCCAAAGGUAUCACAGGCAAAUUAAACUCGACCAAAUUUUUGUGGGAUACAUACCCCUGAAAAUAAAAAUCAGGAGCUAUUAUGAUCCACCUAGAAGCCCCAUUUUCAGGAAUUCCCUGACAGUCCAGUGGUUAGGACUUGCACUGCAGUGGCCCAGGUUCAAUCCCUGGUUGGGGAACUAAGAUCCCCAAAAGCCACCGGGCACAGCACCCCUCCCCGCACCCCCCCCCCCACCGCAAAAAAAAAAAAAAAAGGCCCUAUUUCAACCCUGUACUGGAUUGAAAAUGGGCAAAUUCUGGAAGCUGUCCAUCCAUGAGCAUUUUUACUUUCAUAACAGUUUGAGUAGGGUGUGGUUUAUUAAAACUUAUGAGAAGGAAUAAAAAGAUGGUAUGCAUCUUAAUCUUGAUGAUCUUGAGUAAACUGGAGAUCAAUAAACUUAAUGAAAGAAAUAUGCUUUUUAAAGUUUUAUCUUUAUUUGAUCAUUUUGAAUUACAAAAGAAAUAUGUGUUGCAAAAAUUCAAAAACUUUAACAAGAUACAGAUGGAAAGCCAAAGUCUCAUAUAAGCCCACUGUUCUCUAGAAAUGAUGCAGGGCCUGCAGCAGCUCUCAUUAGCUUUUAAAAAGGAGUGGAAAACAGGGCAGGGGAAAACAGCUGGGAAGAAGAGUGGGACUCCGUGGCUGUGACAAGUGCGGCUCCCAGCAUGUAGUGUGAGUCACCUGUCUUUCCUUCGUGGCUUUAACACUGUUAUUUCUCUGUUCACAAGAAGUCUGACCUAGUGUGUGCCCCAGAAUACAUCCACUGACCCAAAAAAUGGACAUGUUCUCACAGCAAAAACGGAUACAAAUUUUUAAAAAAUCCUGAGGCCCAGAAAGAUC